CUGUUUUUCUUUUUUGGCACAAAGAACAGAGGACAGAAACAAUAACAAAUACUCACACUACUAACACACAGCUAACUGCUACUAUAAAAAUUACUUCCUCUUCUGCUAUAAAUACCAAAGAGAAAACAUUGAGAGAAUAGAGAAUCUCAACAGCUGUUUCUCUCUCCUCUCUCUUUUAUCUCUCUUACCACAAUGUUUCUAUAGAUCUUAUAUAUGUGCUUUGAAUAUAGCAAAAAAAGAAAAAGAAAAAUUUGAUUAAUGGCAGAGGCAAGUGGUAACAUAGAGGUAUUUCCAUGGCUAAAAACCCUACCAGUAGCACCAGAGUAUCACCCAACCCUAGAGGAAUUUCAAGAUCCCAUUGCUUACAUUUUCAAGAUCGAAAAGGAAGCUUCAAAGUAUGGAAUUUGCAAAAUUGUACCCCCAGUACCUGCACCUCCCAAAAAGACCGCUCUUGCUUACCUAAACCGGUCACUUUCAGCUCGGUCCGGUUCAAAUGGGGGUCCAACAUUCACCACUAGGCAGCAGCAGAUCGGGUUUUGUCCAAGGAAACACCGACCCGUUAAGAAACCCGUUUGGCAGAGCGGAGAAAACUAUACUGUUCAGGAAUUUCAGGCUAAAGCUAAAGCCUUUGAGAAGAAUUACUUGAAGAAGAAUUUCAAGAAGGCUUUAACCUCACCCCUUGAAAUUGAAACCCUUUAUUGGAAAGCUACUGUGGAUAAACCUUUCUCGGUUGAGUAUGCAAAUGACAUGCCGGGUUCUGCAUUUGCCCCUAAGAAGGUGGGAAAUGCAGUUACUACCUUGGCUGAUACAGAGUGGAAUAUGAGAGGGGUGUCAAGGGCAAAAGGGUCAUUACUCAAGUUCAUGAAAGAGGAGAUUCCAGGGGUAACUUCACCUAUGGUGUAUUUAGCCAUGAUGUUUAGUUGGUUUGCUUGGCAUGUGGAGGAUCAUGACUUGCAUAGCUUGAAUUACCUGCAUAUGGGUGCCGGGAAGACGUGGUACGGUGUGCCCAGGGAUGCAGCUGUGGCUUUUGAGGAGGUGAUCAGGGUUCAUGGUUAUGCUGGAGAAACUAAUCCUCUUGUUACCUUUGCUACACUUGGGGAGAAGACCACAGUCAUGUCACCUGAAGUACUGCUUAGUGCUGGUAUUCCAUGCUGCAGGUUGGUGCAAAAUGCCGGAGAUUUUGUUAUUACCUUUCCACGAGCCUAUCACUCAGGGUUUAGUCACGGAUUUAAUUGCGGGGAGGCUUCUAACAUUGCUACUCCUGGGUGGUUGAUAGUUGCAAAAGACGCUGCCAUCCGUAGAGCAUCAAUUAAUUGUCCUCCAAUGGUGUCACAUUUCCAGUUGCUUUAUGAUCUAGCACUUUCACUCUGUUCAAGAGUACCAAAGAACACUAGAAUAGAACCAAGGAGUUCUCGCCUAAAGGACAAGAAGAAGAGUGAAGGAGAUAUGUUGGUCAAAGAACUAUUUGUUGAGGAUUUGAACUGUAACAAUUAUCUUCUUCAUAUUCUUGGAGAAGGAUCACCUGUUGUACUUCUCCCUCAACACUAUUCAGGGAUUUCUAUUGGCUCCAAUUCAGUAGCUGGGUCCCAGUUAAAGGUAAACUCCAGGUUCCCCAGCAUAUCCAGUCCAGAUCAUGAGGUGAAGAGUAAAACAGAUUCCGCAUCUGAUGCUCUCAUGCUAGGCAGGAAACAGCGGAUGAAACAAUUGGCAAGUGUCUCUUUGGAGAAGGGAAAGCACUCGUCUUGGCAUGCUGGUAACAGACUGCCAGAAUCUGGCAGAGAUGAGGCUGAAUCCUCUCCAGAGACCGAAAGGGGGAACCUGGACCCUGCAAGAGGACUGACUUACAGAUGUGAUACGCUGUCAGAGCAUGGACUUUUUUCUUGUGUAACUUGUGGGAUCCUAUGUUAUACGUGUGUGGCCAUAAUUCAACCAACAGAAGCAGCUGCCCACCACUUGAUGUCAUCUGAUUAUCGCAACUUCAAUGACUGGACAGGAAAUGUAGGUGGCGUAACUGCUACCAGUAGGGACGAUGCUGCAGAAUCAGAUUCCAGUUCAGGAUGGUUAGUUAAAAGGGCUCCAGGUGGCUUGAUUGAUGUCUCGAUAGAGUCGUCUGAUCGAAUUCGGAAAUUGAAUAAUGAAAGAGUAGGAGUGCUUUCAAGUACCAAAGCACGCAAAGAAACUUCUUCCCUCAGCCUGUUGGCUUUAAAUUAUGCUAAUUCUUCAGACUCUGAUGAAGAUGAGGUUGAAGCAAAUAUUCCUGUUGAAGCUUGUGAAAGCAGACAUAUGGAUUUUGAGGAUGAGGUUUCUCUACGAGUUAUUGAUCCUUAUGCAAACCACAGACAAAGAAGAGCUGUAUCUGAUGGUAGAAACUGUCAAAGUCUUGAUAAUUCCAUUCACUUGGAGAGUGAAAAUCCCCCGCCGGGGGAGUCAAAUACCUUGCCAGAUAGGUCGAGGCAUCAACUAAGAUCCCAUCAAGUUGGUGCAAAUUGUAUCCCGUUUUCCCAUAGAGGGGAAAUAGCAAAUAGCGAUCGUGUUGCUCCAUUUGAUAAUGGGCCUAUGCAAUUUACUUCAACAUCUGAUGAAGACUCUUUCAGAAUACAUGUAUUCUGCCUCCAGCAUGCUGUACAAAUAGAAGAACAGCUCCGACAAGUUGGUGGAGUACAUAUUUCUCUUCUUUGUCAUCCAGACUAUCCCAAGCUAGAAGCUCAAGCUAAAAAAAUGGCCGAAGAGCUGGGGAGAGAUCAUUUCUGGAGAGAGAUUUCAUUCCGCGAGGCCACUAAAGAAGAUGAGGAAAUGAUACAAUCAGCUUUGGAAGUUGAAGAGGCCAUACAUGGCAAUGGAGACUGGACUGUGAAAUUAGACAUCAACCUCUUCUACAGUGCCAACCUAAGCCGCUCUCCGCUAUACAGUAAACAGAUGCCUUGUAACUUCAUCAUCUACAAUGCAUUUGGUCGUAGUUCUCCAGAUGAAAAAUCAGAGUAUACUGGGACUGGCAGGGGGUCAGGGAAGCAGAAGAGAGCAGUUGUUGCUGGGAAAUGGUGUGGGAAAGUUUGGAUGUCUAGUCAGGUUCAUCCUCUACUUGCUGAGAGGAGGGAUACUGAUGAAGAACAACAACAGAACAACAAUAUCAUCUCUACCCGGGUUAAGCCUGAGGUGAAGUCUGAGAGGCCAUGUGAAAUGACUCCAACUGGUAAAACUGUUGCCAGAACUGGUAAAAAGAGGAAGAGUAGAGUAGAAAAUAAAAGGAAUUCUAAAUUACUAAUAGCAGAUGAUUCUUCAGUUAGUGAUGUCCCUCAGCAGCAACGAAAAACUAAUCUUAGGAGUAAGAGGAUUAAAUAUGAGACUCCUGAACCUAAAGAGGAGGAUGUUGAUAAGAAGAAGAGAAUUGGCUCACCCAUUAAUGAUGAUCCGGAUGGUGGGCCUAGCACCCGUCUGAGGAAAAGGAUGCUAAAACCGAGCAAAGAGUCAUUGGUUAAGUCCAGACCAGCUCCAAUAAAGCAGCAGAAUGAAAGCAAGAAAGCAGAGAAAGGUUCUAAGGUCAAAAUUCCUUCCGCUAAUAGCAAUUCAAAGAAAGAUCCAGUAAUGAAGGCUAAUACUAGUAAAAAGAUGAAGGAUAAGGAAGGAGAAUAUCAUUGUGACUUGGAAGGGUGCAGUAUGAGUUUUAGCACAAAGCAGGAGCUUUCAUUGCAUAAAAAGAACGUAUGUCCAGUCGAAGGGUGCAAAAAGAAGUUCUUCUCACACAAGUAUUUGGUACAGCAUCGACGGGUUCAUAUGGACGACCGUCCUCUGAAAUGCCCUUGGAAAGGCUGCAAGAUGACGUUUAAGUGGGCAUGGGCUCGAACUGAACACAUAAGAGUUCAUACAGGUGCACGUCCUUAUGUUUGUACUGAGUCCGGCUGUGGUCAGACAUUUCGUUUUGUGUCAGAUUUCAGUCGUCAUAAGCGGAAGACAGGUCACAUUUCGAAGAAGGGAAGAGGUUGACCAAAAGCGGAAAUUGUAAUUUGACAUGACUGAUGGAACUGUUGUUCAAUUAACAGACAUAGGAGUAGGUCUAGAAUCAAAGUCUCCUUUUGUAAUUCUCUCUUGGAACCAGAUAAUUCUCCUCAAUCAGGGGUACCUCAUUGGUCCCAUUCAUUGAUUUGAAGUAGUUCAAUUGCUUCAAUCUUGUAAGAAUUAUCUCCAAAAUCAAGUAAUUUAACAUUUGAAAUUGAAAUCCGGAAGUGGAUUCUUCUUUUCCCCCA